AAGAAACGCGUCCUCACGACAAGCCCCACGUCACCCAUCCCUACCAUCGCCCGGUGACGACACCCCUUGCGUCACCCAUAGACUUCAGCAUCUAUCCGCAGCCCAAAAGGCCCCAGCCACCGUCCCCCGAUAGUGGAAGCCAAUUCCAAUUCCAAUUCCGCCUCCUUGCCAAUUUUUUUUUUUAGGCCAGAAAAAGUUCGGAUUUCUAAGAUUUACUUCCUCUUUUGAUGAUCUAAUUGCUCGAGAAGGAUCUAAUCGUUUCGUUCCGAUCUUUUUUUCCUUGGAUUCUGCUGGAAUUGGAGGCUUUGAUCGGUUUUUUUCUCCUUCCAAUCUGGUGAAAUAAUGCUUUUCUAAGGAAUUCUGGGAAUUUAUGUGUUUUUUUAUUGGGAGUUAGAGUUCUAUGGGAUUUUUCUCCGAAUUCCUUUUGUGAAAAUCUUUUAUUUUUGUUUUUUGUUGUCUCUAAUGGUUGUUUGAGGACCUUCAUCUGUAGGUAGAUUGGUUGAUGUUGUUGGAGAGAUAGAUUCUGGUGAAUUUAGGGUUUUGGAUUGGAGUAGAUGCCUUCUGGAAGGAAAUUUGCGGAAAAGAUCGAUCGGCAGAGUGGGUUUUUUUCAGUUGAUGUCGAGGUAUGUCUCGGAUCUCGGACCCUAAGGAGACCUUGGCGAUGGGAUUAUAGGGUUUUCUUCCUUCGUUUUUCUCUUGUUGGCGUUGCUCCGGUCUAUGGCCAAUCUGGCGGAGCCCUCGUCUUCUCUGAGCGUCACCUCCUCUUCCUACCUCUCCAAUGGCACCAGCGUCUACGCGGCUUCCCCUCCCGCUCCUCCGCCGGCGCCGCCGGCCGCCGGGGCCAGCCUUGAGGUGGUGAGCCUGAGCAAGCUGAGCUCCAACCUCGAGCGCCUCCUCCUCGACUCCGAAUUCGAUUGCAGCGAUGCUGAGAUCGUCGUCGAGGGCGCCCCGGUCGGCGUCCACCGCUGCAUCCUGGCGGCGAGGAGCCGGUUCUUCCACGACCUCUUCUCCGGUUGCGGUGGGCGUCGGCAGGAGGGAGGGAAGCCGAGGUACGAGAUGAGUGAACUGGUGCCGUGCGGCAGGGUCGGGCGCGAGGCCUUCAUGAACUUCUUGAGCUAUUUGUACACUGGGAAACUGAAGCCGGCUCCGCCGGAGGUGUCGGUGUGUGUGGAUCCAAUGUGCGCUCAUGAUGCUUGCCGGCCUGCGAUAAAUUUCGUGGUGGAGUUGUUGUAUGCAUCGUCUGUGUUUCAGAUUUCAGAGCUGGUCUCUCUUUUGCAGCGUCGCCUUCUCAACUUUGUUGAGAAGGCUCUUGUGGAAGAUGUAAUCCCCAUCCUUCGGGUUGCAUUACACUCACAACUUAAUCAGUUACGCAGUCACUGUAUCAAAAGGGUAGCAAGAUCUGAUCUUGACAAGAUCUCUCUUGAGAAGGAGCUGCCGCAUGAAGUUGCUGAGGAGAUUAAAUCGAUCCGCUGCAAAGCCCAGCCUGAUGAACCAAAUUCCUUGACUGUGGACCCUGUGCAUGAGAAAAGAACUAGAAGAAUCCUUAGGGCCCUGGAUUCUGAUGAUGUUGAACUUGUGAAGUUGCUUCUUAGUGAAUCAGAUAUCACUUUAGAUGAUGCCAAUGCUCUACACUAUGCAGCCGCCUACUGUGAUUCCAAAGUUGUGGCAGAGUUGUUAGAACUGGGGCCGGCUAAUGUGAAUCUAAAGAAUGUCAGAGGAUACACACCCCUCCAUGUAGCUGCCAUGCGAAUGGAGCCAGCUAUCAUUGUUUCUCUUCUUACCAAAGGUGCAUCUGUAUCAGAAACAACAGCUGACGGGCAGAGUGCUGUUAUGAUUUCUAGGAGGCUAACAAGGGCAAAAGAUUAUAAUGCAAAGACUCAGCAGGGUCAAGAGUCAAAUAAAGACCGGAUAUGCAUUGACAUUCUGGAGAGAGAGAUGAGGAGGAAUCCCAUGGCGGUGGAAGACUCAGUCACAUCACCGUUAUUAGCUGAUGACCUUCCCAUGAAGCUUCUGUACCUGGAAAACAGAGUUGCAUUUGCAAGAUUAUUCUUCCCUGCUGAAGCCAAGGUAGCCAUGGAAAUUGCACAAGCCGAGACAACAUCAGAAUUCACAGGUCUUUUGACAUCAAGGAGCUCAAGUAACCUGAGGGAAGUUGAUCUGAAUGAGACACCUACGAUGCAAAACAAACGGCUACGUUCGAGGGUUGAUGCCCUCAUGAAAACAGUGGACCUGGGCAGGCGCUAUUUCCCACACUGUUCACUAGUGCUAGAUAAGUUUCUCCAAGAAGACUUGCCCGACCUGUUCUACCUCCAGAAGGGAACGCCUGACGAGCAACAGAUCAAGCGGAUGCGCUUCUGCGAGUUAAAGGAGGAUGUUCGGAAGGCCUUCAACAAGGACAAGGCUGAGAGCGUGCACUCGGGGCUGUCUUCUUCAUCAUCAUCAUCCUCCUCGCUGAAGGGUGAUACAAGGCAUUCCAAGGCUGUAAGAAAUGAAGUUGCAGAAUUCUCGUGGUACAUGUAUUAUAGAUGUUCGACAUGAGGUGAUAUUGGCUGCCUGAAAUCUAAAACCACCAGGAGGGGCUGCGCAAUAAGAGUAGUUGCUUCUUUUCGUUCUGCAGAAUGGUGUUGUCGAGCGUUUCUUUCUCGCUUCCCCGUUUUUUUUUUCCUUUUUUUUUGGCCUUCAAGUAACAUCGUUAUGAAAUAUUUUGAUACCAGAACCAGAAGCAUGCUUUCAACUGAUAAUGGCAUUGGAUGGUAUCACAUUAUUGCUAUAAUAACAUUAUGGACUGUGAUACCAUUGGUUGUAAGUGAUAUAGAAGUGCUAAUAGCAAACUUAUUUUCGUAGUUC